UACUGAACACCAAACGACUUGUAGUUCACUUCGUGAGUAAAUUUGAACACGAAUCAUUAGGAAUCCUAAACAAUUAUUUAGACUUUCAUGAAGGUUGUCAAUAAGUAAAGUGAUCAAGUUACUGAGAGUCAGACCGAGAGAAAGACAUCUGGAAAUCAAUUUAUAAGGUUAUCUUGAUCACUUUGUUUGACGAAAGUAUUUAAAAUAAUCCAAAAAUGUCCCAGUUACCAAGCACAUUCGUCAAGGGCGUACACGAUGAAGAACUGUCCAAACGUAUGGAGUACCGUAUACUCGGUCGUACCGGACUGCAGGUGUCGAAAGUCUCAUUAGGCACGGCGACUUUAAGCGAUUUAUAUGGAGUACUAGAUUUGGACGAUGCUAUAGCAAUGAUACACAAAGCUAUAAAAUCUGGCAUUAAUUACAUUGAUACUGCGCCGUAUUAUGGACAGGGUCGUGCCGAGGAAGUAUUGGGUAUGGCGUUGAAAACUGUGCCAAGAAAGGCGUACUAUAUAGCCACAAAAGUUGGACGCUAUGAAAAGGAUUUGGUAAACCGAUUUGAUUUCUCUGCCAAAAGGACUCGAGAAAGUGUUGAGAAAAGUUUAAAACUACUAGGUAUCGAAUAUGUGGACAUUAUACAGGUGCAUGACAUCGAUUUUGACAAAGAUCUCGAUGUUGUUGUCAACGAAUGUCUGCCUGAACUGGUAAAAAUUGUUAAAGAAGGGAAAGCAAGGUUUAUCGGUAUCACCAGUUACAAUCUUGAAGUGCUUAAGGAGUGCAUAAAACGUGCACCGUGUGUGGAUAUCGUACUCUCAUAUUCACGGCACACGCUGCUGGACGAUACAUUCAAGUGUUAUGUGGACUUUUUCCAACAGCAUAAUAUUGGCAUUGUUUGCGCGUCCGCUCAUGCAUUAGGUCUAUUGACCAAUGGCGGCCCACAGCCUUGGCAUCCCGCAGCUAAUGAUGUGAAGGCGAUUUGCAGCAAGGCGGCAAAUAUUUGUAAGGAGGCCAAUAUUGAGCUUGGCAAAUUGGCUAUGUAUCAAUUUAUGCAGUUGGAUGGUGCAAGCACAUUUUUAGUCGGUAUGGAAACGUGCAAACUGUUAGAUAUUAAUUUAGCCGCUUAUUACAAUGGACUUAGCAAAAUGGAACUGCAAAUAUUGAAACAAUUACGUGAAACCAUUUUCAAGAAAUCAUACAAUUGGGAUGGCGUGGAAAUUGAGGAAUACCGGCGUGCAUUGUCGAAGGCGAAAUAAAUGGAAAUUUAUGUAUCAGAACCUGUCUCUGAUGUAUUUAAUAUAUAAAAAGUAAACGAAUUGUUUAAUAUGCUGUAAUAAAUAAAAAUCAACCAAAAUCUAA